AUGCACACUGAGUUAAGCAGUAUUUCAUCAUCACCGUCACCCCUCACAGCGGAGUCUGCUGCCAAAAUGGAAACUCAAGACGAAAAAUCUGAGAAGAGUGAAAAAGUUAAACUUAGAGAUCGAAAUUCUUGUGUCAAAUUUCUGAUUAAUAAUUGGUUUAUGCUUGCUACGCUUACUGGGGUCUGUUUGGGCUUUGGUUUGGGAUUCGGUAUCCGAUCUGCACAACCCGGACCAACAGCUAUCACAUGGAUAGCCAUGCCAUCGGAUGUUUAUCUUAGACUUCUUCAACUCACCAUCCUACCUCUUAUUUCUUCCAAUAUUCUUAUC